CCGAACCCGAAGCAGAAGAUAUUCAACACCAUAUUAUUACGUACACUUCCGCGUCUAACACUCCACUGAGACUUUCGUAUUUUCUAGACAAAUCUUUAGUGCGAUCUACAUAGAAUUAGAAUUUAGACAGUCUGACAUUGAUUCCAUAUAGUACUUACUUAGUGCGACGAAGCAAACCAGGUACUACAGCUAUUUCCCUUGUUCAACAUCCCGAAGAACUUUUCACGGCUAAAGUUGUUUUCGGAUUUACAACUUUAGCCGUGUGUAUUUACUUCUACAGCACAAGAACGUACAUCAUGUCGAUGCUCGAAAGUUGUCCCUUCAGCGUUUUGUCAAUUGCUGCAGUUCGACGCUCUGUCCGUAUCCUUUUCUUCGUAGCAUUUUCCACCACUGUUGUAACACCAGCCUUGAAACUGCCGAAAGGAGGGGGCAAGGGCAAGACGAAAAGUCGGCUUGGUGGUAACAAGGGCCACGGGAAAGGAGGCGUGCCAGCAGAUGACAGCCACAGCCGAGUUUUUCGUGUUGUCCCGAGUGGUCCUCGCGCCGGAGCGGGCAAUGGCAUAGCGCAGCAGGUCCCGCAGUCGGUUGUACCUAGUACCACCUCCCAGACCACAGCUCGCAGUUCUGGCGACGCCUACCGUGCGGCUGGGAACCAGUACCUGGAAAAGGCAGAAACCGUUCCUGGACAACUUCUAGGUUCGAAUACGAAGCGUGCUGCUGGUGGUCCUCCUGCUGCUAAGGAAUCAUCGCAGCAAAAGCCGCAGAGCACUAGCUCUAGCACCACUGUGCCCACAUCAGAGAUUGGGGCGCUGAUCUCAAAUCUGUGGCAGCGAUUUUCGUCGUCCGCACAAAAUAAACCUACCUCCAACCCCCAACAACCAGAAGCCGAUAAAAAUUCUUACGUCGCCUACCAGCAGAACGAAAACAAAGCCUUCGCGAUCAACUUUUUAGAGUCGCAGUUUUGCGGCACGGAAUGGGACCUCUACAGGCUCGUACGGCCGCAACCAGUGACGUCGCCACCCGAUGCCGGUAAUGAGUUCGUCAUCAAGACGGUUAGGGAUACGGGAAAACCAGUCUCCCGGAACGGCGAGCAGGCGUUUGAAAACGGGUUGGGGAGAUUGCAAGCGAGGAGAAGGGUUUUGCAGAAUGAGAUUUUGGGAAGUCCCUUGGCCUUCCAAAAAUCUGCCCGCGAGGCCGACGAGCACGAGAUAAUCGGGAAAGUGAUCCGAAAACUCGUUUCCGUUACUUUAGUGCGCAAACUGGGCCAGGAUGGGAUCGUAAGUUCGGAUCGGGAGCCCGGUUUGUUGUGUGGCGCGCCCGCGUUGGGAGGAAAACUGGAACCAUGCAAAGCCUUCUUGAGUCGCAAAGAUAUUUUGAAGCGGUUUGAUCAGGUGUAUCGGAGUAUUUUUAAUACAGAAGCUUUUCGAAAUCAAGAAAGCGGAGAUUUUUCCGUGGACGAGAUGAAGAAAACUUCGUCAACGACGCGGCUGACACCCUACGGAGAAGAGAUGCUGUUGCACCAGAUGCUGUUGCACCAGAAGAGCGUUUUUAUGAAGGAAGAAAUUCUGCCCAAACUGGAAAAGAUGAUGAGGAAACAUCAAGAAGAUCACUUCUACGGGGACGACGCCCUGCGGUGGCUUCUGGAGCGGCUGCAAGACCAGGAAACCUGGCGGAAUUUUUCAACGAACGUGGCGGACUUGCAGCGCGGCACGAUUCAAAAUGUCCUGGCAGUGUUCAAACGGGCAGAACAAAUGGAGGAAUUUGUACCAACAGUAGAGGAGCCGUGUCAUAUUUAUUCCGGGCGCGAACAAUUACUUAGUGGUUUGGAGCGCGCUUUCGGCGGGAAACAUCCAACCACGGGUAAUUACUGGAGCGAGACCGGAGGGCAGGUGUUUGACGUUGUGGUAAAGGCUUUUCAAGACCGAGCGGGCAACGAUCUGCGUAAGGAACACGAACUCGCGAGACAGGAGGAAGAGGAGCAAUUGCGCGAGAUAAGACAGAUGAAAACUACUAAACAAGCGGCGGCGAAAGGGGAAGCUCGAACGCAAGAAGGCAAUGAACAUUUUUACAGCUCCGCUUCUACAACCGCAGAAGAAGAGCCUGUGGCUCCUUCAUUGUCUGGCGCGACCCCUUUUUCAGCUGGUGGAGCUUUUCGAUUUCCACCUCGGCAUGAACCACGAAGACCAACGCCUGCCGGAUUUUCGAGGCCCACGUCCUCGCCGGAGGUUCAGUCCUCCUCGGCGGCAGUGCCGGAGUCUACUUUCGUUUCUGCCUCGCCAGCUGGCUGGGCAACAACUGCAAUGGCAGCUAGUACGGCCGGCCACGACCACGAAGAUGAAGCGCAAGAGCUUAUUAAACAGCCGCAUGAUUCUUGUUCCAGGGAUACAACUACACAGAAGUACUACCACACGACAUGUGGGUUUGAUGUUCCAGAGCUGGAUGUAAUAAAUCUGGACGGGGAGGGUGAGGCCGAUUCUUGUGCUUGUGAAAAGCCGCGACAGGAAGGCUGUGGAGCUGCUAAAACAAGUACAACGGCGGCCUCUUACGGACGAGCCUGCGACUGUUGCAAAAACUUCGCCGAGUUAUCCCCCGAUGCUGCAAACAUCCCAAGUCCGGUGCAGGAAUUCUGUGUUAGUACGCCCGAAUUUAGAAGUUCUUACAGCUUGGCCACAGACCUCGAAUCUGCAUUGGGUCUUCAGUGGCCGCACGAUCAUGUCAAUUGGCCGCAGCGUCAACGGCGCCCAGCGGGGCGGAUGUAGUAGUCCUACACGAAGAUCAUGUCAUGAAACCAGGUUUCCGUGGAGAAGUGCUGGGCAGAAGCUCAUCGCGACCCACGACGGGUGAGAAAGGUUUCGUUCAUACUUGACUGGAAAAAUCCUUCGAGAAAAUAGUGACGGAAAAUGAAGGAGAGGAAUCCUUUUGAUAGUUUUGUAAUUUGCGACUUUAGAUAGACGAUUUGUACUUACAUCAGAGUAAUCUAUCAGUAUCAGUGUUGUACUAGUAGUUCAUCAUCAUCUUGUAAGAUCGGCCACGAGCUGUGGCAUAACACAUUCUUUACUUAAGUAGAUCCGCAUCCGUAUCCCCUUGGUAUCGAUGUGCUGCGAAGAAGUUGAAUGCCGUUCCCUUGAUUUAUCUUUAAAAAAUCCGAAAGUAAGUACCAUGCUGCACGACGACGUCUUUCUGUCUUUAAAUAUUCCUGUGCAUUGCGAUUGCCCGUAUUGCAUUUGCUCUAAUUCCAUGCUAGGGAGUUCUUAGUCACAGCUCAGAUGAGAUUUAGAAAGUAGCGCCCCAAAGAACAUGAUGAUGCCUGAAGAAAUUAUGUAAGUUCGUGAAGAUGUCUGCGAAAGUGAUCGAGUACGUGAGAGGUUAAUAUUUGGUGAAGAAGUUCUUCGCCACAACAGGAGCUCCUGGAAUGAGAAGUAUUGCUGGAGCUGCAGAAUGAAAAUUUAGAAUGACCCAGUAAAACUCAACCUAAU